UACUUGUGAGUGUGUAUCUAUCUAUCCCGCACCUUUCUAUCUCUCCGCCUCGUGUACUCCCCCAGGGUGAUAGUCUAAGGCCACGGGUAUAAGGGCUGGCUAGAGGACACACUCAUUAUCCCAGCCAACGCAGGUGAAGGCAAGGUCUCCACUGCCAGGGAGCGCACCAACAGCUGGCAGGAAAGCAUUCAGCUGAUCACGACCAUGGGGGCGGACGCUGUGCCUGUAUCUGUGAUGACAGCCCUUUUCGCCGUGGUAGGCCUGGUGCUGCCCUUCAUCGUGGCUAAGGGACCCAACAGGGGGGUGAUCCAGGUGGUGCUGGUCAUCACGGCUGCCUCCUGCUGGCUCUUCUGGCUGCUGGCGUAUAUGCACCAGAUGAAUCCUCUCAUAGGGCCACAGCUGCAGAACACCACAGUCAUUGCCAUUCAGUACCUAUGGGACCAUAAUCUGGUGGUGAAUAAGAGUGAGAGACUAGAGGCUGUAUUCACCUAGCACGCACGAUGGAGACUGGCUGGCCCCGCACGGCAGAAAUGGGCCCUUCCAGCACCCAACCACAUGCAGGAGGAGGUGGAAGAGGAAGAUGGAGCUCUGGUGGAUUUGACUAAAGAUAACAGAGUGGAAUAGUGGUUAUUGUUGCAGGAGGAAGAGAAGGGUAGAAAGUUGAUAAAUCUGACUAAAAAUAAAAUAGAAGUGUUAGUAUAGAUCUGACCAGCAACAAUAAGCAGCAGAACAGUGGUAGUAGUAGUAGUAGUUGUUGUAGUAGUAGUAGUUUCAUAAUUGUACAUAUUACUUAACAGCUCAGAUUGAAAAUUGUUAACAUUUGAAAUUUGAAAGUAUAAAUUCACAUCUGGAAGUUUUCAAGUAACGAAAACUCAUUCAAGUGUGUGUGUGUGUGUGUGUGUGUGUGUGUGUGUGUGUGUGUGUGUGUGUGUGUGUGUGUGUGUGUGUGGGUGGUGCAGUGGUUAUUACAGGUAUUGGGUGUGCAUUCACUUUUGGGAAGGCUUAACCCUUUCACUACUUGGUACAUCUUAACUACUAAUCACCGAGACAUUUUUCCUUGUAUUUCAGCCACUUCCAAUCUUUAAACUGGGUACAAAUUGCAAAAUCCAUUCUUUUUUAAUCCCCCCUUCAUUCUUAAAAUAUUUCAUGCAUUACUUUUGGCGCUGUUGAUCGUUUCCUAUUGCAGUGAAAGGGUUGACUGAAAACCAGCUUACCCAAACUCAGCAUUGCAUUUAAGUUCCUUCCUCCAGGGUGUUCAGCAAACCUCCCUGUAGCAUGGUGGGUAUUGAGGCCAUGCUCUGUCACUUAAGCUCCCUUGCAAUACUACUUGUCAACAUAUUCAUAGAGAUUUUCAUGCUAUACCUUCCUUGCAAUCUAUAUCUCCUUUCCCUCCCUGAAUCCCCUUGAAAUGUGGAUGGUUUAUUGAAAUUAACUUACCUCAUUUUAGCUUGAUAUUGUAGUGAACGAGAUACCUUUAGAUCAUAAUAUUUUCCUGACACAAUGCACACCUUAUCAUUUUGAAGACAGCACCCAUAAAGCUUACUAAAACUCUGUAAUCUCACCCAGAAAAGGCACACAGGGCAGCCACUGUAUUUAGAGGGUUAUAAGUGUUUGAAUCAACCCACAUCUGACUUAAAGGGAGGGUUGACUUACUAAGGUUUUAAUGUACAAUAACACCUUGCUCUCUUUUUAAUUAUUUAGUGCUUUCCCCAAGUCUUAAUGCCUGUGCUAUGCCAAGAAGGUGUCAGAUGUCUGGUUUUCUUGUUUUCUUGUUUUACUUGCCUUCUGACCACAAGUGUACAGUUAUUGAUUUAAAAAGUUCAGUGAUGAGUCUGUAUAUAUGUUUUUAAAUAUAACCAUCAAAACAACUAUAUCUCUCUAUGUAUCAAAUGUUUGUUUUGUGUUUAUUGUAUAUGAUUUAGUUUUAAAUAUAAUGUCAGAGUCAGCUGUGUUGUUAUAUCUUCUCUCUAUGUAUGAAAUGUACUGCUUGUAUUUGUUCAAAGUGCCUAUAUUGAUGUAUUACUGUCUUGUGGCAUUACUUUCACUAGAUCUGUUUUGUGUAGUUUUAAUAUCAUUUGAACCGUUUUGCAGUGAAAUUUUAACACGUGUCUUUUGAUAAUUUUUAGAAGUAAAUAAUUGCAAUU